AUGGAAUCAAUGUUCAAAAAGGGUGAUAUAGAUCCAAGCGGACUUUUCAAGUACAUUCAGAUUCAAAUUACAGAUAAACGAACAGGGGAGACUACUUUUCUAGUUAGAGGCUACAAGUCUUGCCCCUAUCACAUGAAUAUUUUCGAUAAGUUUACAAAGGAGGAAUUCAACUUGAUUGAAAACAAAGAAUACUACGAUGCUAGCUGUCCAGGAGGAGGCAGAAUCAAUCAUGACUCUGACAAUAAAAAAAUCUUCAUCUAUGGAUACUCUCAAAGCUAUGGUUAGCCUGAUCACACUGUGGCUUAGGAAGUGUUAUAAAGUAUGUAUAAUGACUAUGAAAUUACUUGGUCUAAUGAAGGAUAUUGA